AACGUUGUGUUUGGGCCAACAUUUUUGUUUUGACAACAGUGCGUGCUAACAAACCAGCCCAGAAUUGCCAAAAUUAUCGCGAUUAUACCGGCAGAACGUCAGUGGGGCAGCGAGUGAUUGGAUACACAUGUGUUAGCGGGCGGCCCUCCAUCAACAAUAUGUUUGACAACAAGUUCCGGCAUUGGAAUUGAAUUUAAUAAAAUAAAUUAAGCCACCAGGCAGUCGGAGUGGGUCAAAAGCACACAGUUUGAAUUGUUAAUGAGCGGCGGCAAAAAGUGUUAAAUGCUGAUGACGCUGCGCCUCUGCAGACGCCGCAGUCGCUGCUGAUUCAACGGUGCUGAAAAGUCAAUUAAAGGCGAAUGCCGGAGUCUGGACUGGAAAGCCAUUGGCGAACUUGGCCAGAACGUAGUUAACGUAGAAAAGGAGAGCGGCACAAACGAAGCGACGACGAGUGCAAAGAGCCAAAAGACAGUGAGCGUGUAAUGAGCAGACGACGGGCAAUUACCAUGUCGUUGGCUCCCCAUCUUGGCCAGGCUUUUAGCCUCUGCCUGUGCCUGGUUUUGGCCACAUUGCCAGUGGCCCUGGGAUUGGCCAACUGCCCGAAUGGCUGCGAGUGCGACGACGACACCCUGAUGGUCAAUUGCGGCGAGGGAACGCUGGACGUCCUGCCCAUAGCCCUGAAUCCCGCCAUCCAGCGUCUGGUGAUCAAGAAUAACAAACUAAAGACCAUCGACUCAUCCAUGCAGUUCUAUGCCCAGCUCACUUUCCUCGAUCUGUCAUUCAAUGACAUGCUCACCAUACCGGAACGUUCGUUUGCGUAUCACGCAAAAUUGCAGGAGCUGCAUCUGGACCACAAUAAGAUUGGCCAGGUGUCGAACAAGACCUUCCUGGGACUGUCCACCAUCAGUGUUUUAAAUCUGAGAGGCAACUUGAUUGCCGAACUGGAGUACCGCACUUUUUCGCCCAUGGUCAAGCUCGCUGAGCUUAAUCUCGGCCAGAACCGCAUCAGCCACAUCGAUCCACAUGCCCUGGAUGGCUUGGACAACUUGAGGGUGCUCUAUCUGGAUGAUAAUACACUGACCACAGUGCCGGGGGAACUAACCUUCCAGGCACUCCACUCCCUGGCUGAACUAUACUUGGGCACCAAUUCCUUUAUGACGAUUCCCGGAGGAGCUUUCCAGGAUCUCAAAGGUCUAACCCGAUUGGAUCUGCGCGGAGCUGGCUUGCUCAACAUCUCGGGAGAUGCUCUCAAGGGUCUGGAGUCCCUUCGCUUUUUGGAUCUGUCAGAUAAUCGCCUUCCUGCGAUACCCACAGCAGCCUUUCAGCGAUUGGGACGCCUGGAACAGCUAAACAUUGGCCAGAAUGACUUUGAGGUGAUCUCCUCGGGCGCCUUUUCGGGUCUCCGUGAGCUAAGGCACUUGGAACUGACAGGUGCCCAGCGACUGAGACGCGUGGAGAGCGGUGCCUUCAGUGGAAACACAAACCUGGAGCACCUUAACCUCUCCAGUAACAAGCAGUUGAACGAAUUAUCCUCCAUCGCCUUGGGUGGCUUGCCCCAUCUGAGCACAGUGGUGUUGAAGGCCAAUCAGUUGAGCAGCCUGGAUGAAGGUCUAGUGCCCUGGGCUGAUCUGCAAACCCUUGAUCUCUCGGAAAAUCCAUUUGAAUGUGACUGCCGACUUCUGUGGCUGCGUCAUUUGCUGGUCAGCAGGAAUGCCAGUGGUCAGUAUGCGCCCGUCAUCUGUGCCUAUCCAACGGCUCUGAGGGACUUGCCACUAGCCCAUUUGGCAGAACCACUUUUAGGCUGUGCCCAUGGAGCAGCCAGUAAGCAGGCGAUCAUAGGGAUCCUGGUGGUGGCUUGUGCCGCACUGAUAACCACUUUGGCCCUGGUUCUCUACACCUGCCGUCACAGGAUUCGGGAGAUGCUAAAAGGUCAUUCGGCGUUGGGGCGUAAGGAGCGCGAAUAUCAGAAGACCUUUUCCGAUGAGGAGUACAUGUCGCGACCACCUCCCGGUGGCGGUGGAGUUCAUCCUGGGGGCUACCCCUACUUCGCUGGCAGCAGCCGGCCGAUACCGGUCACCGAGCUUUAGCUAGAAGCACCACCCCCGCCUCAGCUGCGGGGUCGGGGUGGUGGUGGUGGCGCCAGCACCGCCAGCGGCGCCGUGCAGCAGCUCCAGGUGCCCAGUGCCGUGGACCAAGCCUCCAACUCCUUCGCCCAGCUCAGCCACAUUCACUACAUGACUAACAAUGGCCAACAGCAACAGGCGCAGCAACAAUCGACCUCGAAGAUGCACCACUCGCAGCAGGACAUGCGUUUGUUGGCCUGCAACGGUGGGAAGCCACUGAAUGCUACCUCGCUGCCGCGCCACCGACCACCGGUGGUGCAGGAGAGCACCCUGUCACACUAUAGCCAGCCGCUUGCCAACGGUAUUCGUCUCACCCAGGACCACUUUAACCACAACCAGAACCAGAGCCACAAUCAGCACUACGGAGGAGUUUAUGCCAAGCCGUGUGAUGCGAUGUCUGAACCGGGAUAUAUCCACAACAAUUCGCAUUACUCGCUGCCAUUAGAUCACGAUUUGCCACCCAGUCCCACGCCCACACCACCACCCCCCGCCCUGCCGCUGAGGAAUGGAGUGGGCAUGGCCCUGAUCCAUGGCAACACCACUGGGCGCAGAUCCUUCAACAACAAUAACAAUGUGUCUACACUGUCCAACAACAAUCAUCAUGGCAUUGGCGGCGGAGUGGGCGUGGCAGUCGGCGGCACUGUGGGCAACAACAACGGGAGUCUGAGGCGGUACCACUGAUAUCCGGCCAAGACGUGCGGCACUUUGGGCCGCACCAUCAUCAAAACCAGGCCGGAUCCGGAUAUCGAGCUGCAUUACUUCUACAAGGGUUAAAGAGGAAACUUGAAAAGCAAGGGAAUCGAUCUAAUUUAAUCGGGUUUGCUUUGGUUCUCACUUUUGGAGAGAGUUUUGGGAAGUAUGAUAUAUAUGCACUUUGAUUUAUUUUCUUCAAAAGUGAAAGUCGCAGUAAAUCUGUAUAAUCAUACUCUAGUUGUAUAUUCCUAUGUUACGUGUAUUCGAGCGAAAGCAUUUUGUAUAAAUUAGUAUUUAGUUCGAGAGGUUGUCGACCAGGAAAAGCGCAGGAAAAUCGCAGGUGUAUAUAAGAAAAUCUUGCGCACAAUUUGGCGGACGGUGUGGAUUGGGCAAAAAUAAAAUCUAUUUUACAUUUACCAUCCUGCUGAUCGGCCAUUUAAUUUGCAUACAGUGAUCUUAAUAUUUAGGUUAUGUUAAAAGCAGUUCAAUCAUUGUAAAUAAUUAAAAGCUUUUUUAUAAAUACUUAAAAAGAAAAUAAAUUCAAUUUCUAAACAAAAAAAUAAGCAAGCAAUUAAUUUACUUUAUAAUAUAACAAAUAAGCUACGCGCUUAAGCACCAGUCAUUAAAACUAUGUAUGUAUUUAGCCUAAAGCUAUCACAAAAUAUUCCAAAAAACAGUGAAAGAGCCUAAAAAUAAAAAUGGAAAUAAAUAUGCCGAAACUAAAAAGAAUACAACAGAUUUUUAUAGUUAAUAGACUCAGUAAAGAAUAAACUACUCAUCGGAAUAUAAACAAAGAAGAUGUUUACACAAUGUAAAAUGAAAAUAGCAUAACUAUUGAAAACUCAGAAAUAUUCAUGUAGACUCCACGCCGCAUUCACAAAUAUGAAUAAGCAAUUAUGCAACAUACAAAAAUACAAAGUAAAUCUAUAUAUACGAAUUAUGCGUGUAAAUAAAAAGUAACUGUGCUCGAAAAAAACAUA